UCUAGAAUGUGCAUAUAUUUGACAGCUAUUUUAAAAAGUAACUUUCGUUUCCCACAUUUUUACAUUUUGUUUAGCCCUGUUGAUGGAGCAUCUAAAUAGUUGUUUCUGUUCUUUUUAAGUGAUUUCAGCAACAUAUCAACUGGAUAAACGGUCAGCGCCCUAAAGUGAAUAACUAACGCAUGAAAUUCUAAUCGCUGUUUAUUUUUUAAGAUAUUGUUACAUCAAUUUGCGCGGGAAUUAUAGGGUCAGAUGUAAUUAAAUUGGACAAUAAAUUCAAAAGAAAAUGACUGAUGCGCUGUGCCAUUUAGUUGUAGACGGUAACGAGGUCCUGGAAUUCAAAUUAGUAAGAACUGUUGAUGAUCUCGAAAAUGAAGACACUAGCUUUGGACCCGAGAUGUGUCACCAGGUUUUUGGCGACAAUGAAAACAUAUUUGGCUACACAGAUCUACACAUAAGACUAUAUUACAGCGCAGGAAGUCUUCAGACUUACCUUGGCAUUGAAUACACUGAAAAGAUUGAGCCAAACAAGUCGGAUGGUAUGAAGGCUGAUGAUGUUGAGGGAGCCCUGACUAAGGUGUUGGCUCCAGGCUUUGUUACCAAUCUGGAUCACUUUGUGUCUGUUCUGAAGAAGGAUGAGUCAUUUGUUCCUCAUGGACAAUUGUUACAUGCAUUCACCGUUACACCAUUUGACGGAGGUGACAAGCGUUCCUUCGAGGUUUACUUCAGUGAGAUAUCCACACCUGGGUUCCUGGUCUACCAUGAGAGACUGCAGACAUUCUUGCUGUGGUAUGUGGAUGCAGCAUCAUUCAUAGAUGUGGACGAUGACCAAUGGACAUUCUUUACAGUGUUCGAGAAAUUCCAAUCGAGUGAAGGCUGCGUGCGGUACGCGACGGCGGCAUACGCGACCGUGUACCGCUACUACGCGUACCCGCGGCACUCGCGCCCGCGCAUCUCACAAGUGCUCACGCUGCCGCCGUUCAGAAAACUGGGCAUCUGCGCUCAAUUGCUACAGGCUAUUUAUUCCCAUUUUAUAAUACAACCGGAAGUUGUGGAUAUUACUGUGGAGGACCCCUCACAAGACUUCCAGAGAAUUAGAGAUUAUGUUGAUGUUAAAAACUGCAGUGAACUGCCUGCAUUUCAACCUGCUAAACUAUACCAAGGAUUCUCAGAAGAAAUGGCGAACCAAGCUAGUAAUAAAUUCAAAAUAAACAAGAAGCAAGCGAGGCGUGUGUACGAGAUACUGCGCUUGAAGAACACCAACACGUCGGAUAAAACCGCGUAUCAGAAUUAUAGGCUCGACGUCAAGAACAGACUCAAUGCGCCUUUCCAGAAAAAGAAAUUAGAAAUGAAAAAGCUGCAAAAAGUACUGAAGCCUGAAGAAUACGCUGCGACGAUCAGUUCAACGGGACUUAGUGAAACGCACGGGCGUCUCUCCAGUCAGUAUUGUUCCCUCGAGCAGGAGUACCGCCGUGUCAUUCACAGGAUCGAACAAGACUAACACACACUAACCAGUCAAAACUAGCCUCUUGGAUCAGCAUUGACUAAAAAAAUUAUAAAUCCACCCUACAGGUCUUCAUUAUUCCACUUUUAUAAAAAAAUUGUAAAACUAAAUUUUUAUAAUUGCAUUAGCAUGUUGACAGCUGAUCAUCUACGAAAUUUUUGUAUCAAAAAUAUUUUUAAAUUUUGAUUAUGCUGUGACUGUCAUUCUCCACCAAUGUUGAUCUCAGAUUGACUCAUGAUAUUAUUAAUUUACCAUAUUCGAGAAAUUGUUCUAGUUGAUAGUGAGUAAUUAAAAAUAAAAUAGUGUAAAAACAUUCAUAAAAAUGGUGGCAAAGCUAAAGCAUCUGGUUUAAAACCAACUAUAGGGUUUGUUCAAAGUUUUAAACUUCAUUGUGUUCAGACUACAAUUUAAUGUAUUUUGUGUGCCUUAACUUAAUACAUAACAAUGUAAUGUGUUGUCAAGGUACUGUGUUAAUACUUUCAUGUCAAUUUUAAUGUCUGAAUUCAAUAUUGUUUGUUUUUUACUAAAGUUGAAUUGAUUGUAUUGUUUUUCAUAAUUAAACACACGAUUUGGAGUAAA